AUCUCCAAGCUCGGGUUUGUUGUUAUUAGUCAGAUAGAAUCUUUACCGGCUUCAAAUCCAAUCAGUAAGGGUAUCUUUUUCGGUAUAAUUAUUCCUUUUUAGCAUUAAUGAAGUUUAUCCUGUUUUUGUAGUUUUGACUUUGUUUUGGGUUUUUUUGUUUCCAGAAAGUAAUGGCAUCUUUGUGCUCCUGGUUGUCUUUGCUUUUUUCUUUCUUUCUUUUUAAAUCUUUGCUGUAAUUUAUAUGGGUAAUGCUUGUUCCUGAUCUGUUUUGAAAUAGCACACUUAAUUUUGCUACAAAUGAUGGUAUCCUAUUCCUAUGUCUAUUUGGGUUGUGCAAUCGGGGAAGUAAAAUGGUUCUAAUGGCUGAGACAGAAUUGACCAGAAAAAAUAUGGAUGGUUAUAAUAGCAGGAGAAAUAGGAGUACCCAAGUGUUUGAUCCGGCAAUUUCUUCAUUUUUUGUGCAGCUGCCUCACAAACUUCAUAAUAGUCUUAAGACCUUGUUGCAGGCACGGCUCAAGAAAUUAACAAAAGAUGAUGGAGUAAACUUGAUGAACUCUGUCCUGAGAAAGGGGAAGGAAUGGUCAUCUACAACUGUAGAUGUUGAUUUGGAGAGACAAUUGCAAGUUUGGAGAGAAAAUCCUUCAUGGGUUGAUGGACCUCCAGAAGUUAAGGUCAGUGUUCCAAAAGGUUCUCUUUGCAACCUCACUGCAAAGGUCAAUGUUGGAUUGCCCCCUGAUGCAGUAUAUAAUAUUGUGACCGACCCAGAUAAUAAGAGGGUUUUCAAGAAUAUUAAGGAGGUUAUAUCCAGAAGAGUUUUGGCUGAUGAAGGGCUCAGACAGGUAGUUGAAUUGGAACAAGCAGCUAUAUGGAAAUUUCUUUGGUGGUCAGGGACUAUCGCAGUUCAUGUUUUGGUGGAUCAAAACAGGAAAGAUCACUCAAUGAAGUUUAAGCAACUGAAAACAGGGUUCAUGAAAAAAUUUGAAGGCUGUUGGACAGUAGAACCUCUAUUUGUUGAUGAAAAACUGUGCUUUCCAUUUAAGCCGAAAACAUGGGCAGACUAUAAUUCAUGUACCGGAGGCAAAGGAAGAAUUGCAUCAAGUGUGAGCUUGGAGCAACUGAUUCAGCCUGCCAUUGUUCCACCUCCUCCCAUUUCGUGGUAUCUAAGGGGAAUCACCGCUAGGACCACUGAGAUGCUAAUACAAGAUCUGCUUGUAGAAGCUGCCAGAAUCAGGGAAGGCCACAACACCGAAAACUUGAUCGAAAAGCUUCAAGUACAUCAGGGAUUAAAUCAUGUCGAGCAAAUUGAUCAAAUAUAUGAUAUUAAAGAAAGAUGGGCCCUUCACAGGAGAAAUGCAAAGCAACGCCAUAAAAGGUUGUUGAGUAAUGAAUGAGCAAAUUAUAAAUUCAUUUUUAGAUCUUCCCACCUCUGUUAUUGCUGUAUUGUUUACAAGAAUUCUUUAACAAUGAUACCAAUAUAAGUCCGUUGUUACACUUCACAGCACCAUUUGAAUAAUAUUCCCAAUUUCCCA